UUGCUGAAGGAAAAAAGAAAAAGGAAUUAAAAAAAAAAAAAAAGGAAAAGCAGCAAUGGCAACAACCUUAGCAAGCUCCCUUCUCAAGACCCAUCACCACCACCACAACUCCAUACCUCUCUCUCUCCUCCUCCUUCCAUCUCACUGUCCACUGUCAAGAUCGAACCGUUCAUCACCAUCCAUUUCUCUUCAUCCCCACUUCUCCAGCAGGCUCUUAAAACUCUCAACAUCUUCUCCAUUCUCAACCAAAUCCUCUCCAACCAUCGCCUCUUCUCAACCCUCCGAUGCAACCCCCAAAGAAGAAGUUCCUGCACGUGUUGGGUUUCUAGGUCUAGGAAUUAUGGGUUCCCCUAUGGCUCAAAAUCUCAUAAAGGCUGGAUGCGACGUGACUGUUUGGAAUAGGACCAAGAGCAAGUGUGAUCAUCUAAUUGGCUUGGGGGCAAAAUAUAAAGCUUCCCCAGCAGAAGUUGCUUCUUCUUGUGAUGUGACAUUUGCCAUGCUUGCUGAUCCUGAAAGUGCAGUGGAUGUUGCAUGUGGGAGGAUUGGAGCUGCUAGUGGAAUGAGUCUAGGAAAAGGGUAUGUAGAUAUUUCCACAGUUGAUGGCGCCACUUCUAAAUUAAUUAGUGAACAUAUUAGAGCUACAGGGGCAUUGUUUUUAGAGGCUCCUGUUUCUGGCUCCAAAAAGCCUGCAGAAGAUGGGCAGCUGAUAUUUCUAACUGCAGGCGAUAAAUCUCUAUAUGAAAGGGUCACACCAUUCUUAGAUAUAAUGGGGAAGUCAAGAUUUUACCUUGGGGACGUUGGUAAUGGUGCUUCCAUGAAGCUCGUCGUCAACAUGAUCAUGGGAAGCAUGAUGGCUUCUUUUUCUGAAGGGAUUCUUCUUAGUGAGAAAGUAGGGUUGGAUCCCAAUGUUCUUAUUGAGGUAGUUUCACAGGGUGCAAUAAGUUCACCCAUGUUCUCGACCAAAGGCCCUUCAAUGGUUCAAUCUGCAUAUCCAACUGCAUUUCUCUUAAAGCAUCAGCAAAAGGACUUAAGGCUUGCACUGGGAUUAGCCGAAACUGUCUCACAGUCAAUUCCAAUCGCUGCAGCUGCGAACGAACUAUACAAAGUAGCAAAGUCACACAAUCUCGGCGAUCAGGACUUCUCGGCAGUCAUUGAAGCAUUGAGAUCGAAACUCGUCCAAUCAGAAAACCACUAGAUUCUUUGUUCUUUUGUGGGCCUUGAUUUUCUCAUUAUAGUUUUCAACCAACUGCCGUUGGAUUUGGUUGUGUGAUGGAAAUUCUUGAUUUGCGUCUUUCAUCAAAGCAGCAUUGGCACGUUUUGUGAUA